AUGUCUGAUAACUUAUCAUACCUCUUGUCAGUCCCUGGUUUCCGACAGUCAAGAUUAUCGUCACUUUAUUCGAGUUUCACCAAGCUAAAGGAUAUAAAUCCUGAAGGAUACCAAGCUAAUUUAACUGCGUGGACUCAUUUGAUACCUCAUCUUAUAAAAGAUAAACGAUUGAAUGUGACUGGUCACUCCCUGAUGUUAUUGGAUUGGACUUCAGUCGUAAGUUCAGUGACCCUCCCUGAUUUGGGACCACCAAAGGAAUUGUUAUUGGUGUUUAAAACCUUAGUUCAAGAUGAAGCCAUUGUACCCUUGAGUUGGUUUAAAUUGAAAGGGUUACAACGUGAUCCUUGGUAUACCAAAUUAACUCUGUGGUUUACACAACCCACGAUUCAAUGGGAGAAAGAGCCAUUUGUCAGUGUCAAUGAAUUGAAGAUCAAAUCACAGAAUGCUUAUCAUGAACAUGUACGGCGUGGAGACAAGAUUCUAUAUAGCAAGCAUGAAUUGUUGGCAUUAUUGAAAGAUUAUGACGUAUCAGAUAUGGAUCUACAUUUGUUACUAGUGCAUUGGUCUAAAGAUUUGGGCUAUUGUGUUGUUGAAGGAGAUUACAUUAAGUUUGGUGAUGGUCCAAUAACUGAAUGGGAGAAAUCAGUUAUUGAUUUAGACCGACAGCACUUGAUAUUGCAGCUGCAAAUUUCAGAUGUUGAAGCCAAAAUUAAAGGAAUUGAUUUUGAUAUUAAACUGAUUGUUAUUGACUAUAAGAAGGAUGAAAUCGUCAAGCUUAAAGUAACCAAUCUUUUGCAUUUGAAACAUUUAUUAAGGAAAUCACUAAGUAAAUAUUUGGAGACUUCCAAGCUGAUCCAAAACUUGCAAACUACUUUAAAAGAAGCGUCUACAAAUUUGGAUUUGGUAUCCAUAUUAGAAACUUCAAACAAAGCAUUGAAAAGCUUAAAUAGUCAUGUGGAUUUAAAGAGAUUGGCGGAUUUAAAGGAUGAUGUGGAGGAAAAUAUCGAUAGGUCCAAUCAAAUUUCAGAAAUCAUGAUGAAUAUGACAGAACCAAAUGAUGAUCAAGAAAUUGAAGAUGAGCUACAGAAUUUAGUCGAUGAACAAGAAGCCAUCGAGAAGAAGAAACAAGAUGAAGCAAUUGAAAGACUUGGAAAGUUGACUUUAAAUGGCGUUGGAGAUGUUAACGACAUUAAUGAAACUAACGAGGAUAAAGACGACAUUGUCACUACUAACAACUCUACUCAAUUACUAACAGAAUUAUAG